GGCACAACAGUGUGGACUAGGCUGGUGUUGGUUAGAUUUCGAGGAGCUAAGCCACAAGAGUCAUUAUCGUAGGUGAGCUGGCAGUAGAAGGAUCAUAUCCGGCUUGAAGUUGUUGAAAAGUGUUUUUACCUGUUUCAUCGGUGAUUUGUGAAAGAGCCAUAAAUAGUAGUACUUUGGAGAAAAAUAGAAUACAUUGAUUCACGGAAACGUUAUGAGUUUUGUUUGCUCGUUCUCGUCUGUCGGCGGGUUUAGUUACACGGCACUAAAGUACGGACCUUCGAUAAGUGAAAAUAUUUAAUUUAGCACAGUGAGAGAACAAAUAAAAAAAGUGCUGAAACAUGAGGUAAAAGUUGCAAAUUAAUGUCCGGGGUGAGCACAAAGGUUUUCAUUUUAUUUACGACGUGCUCCAGCAAAGCAGAACGUAAUAAAAGUUGGAAAGCGACAGUGGCAAUAAUACGAUCAAAAUGAGUGCUCCGAGCUUCCGUGAAAAAUUGCUUUGAAUGAAAUUCGAAAAUCCACAGCUAAUGGAAGUGCGGCUCGGUGAAAAAUUUCCAGCGGAAAGUGAAAAGUGCACUUUUGUGAGACGAGAUAUUUGACGCCCCUUUUCGACCGAGAGAAGAAGUCAACCAGGAUGGCUCACUUCUCCAUCUCGGAAAUGCCGGAUGUGAAAGUGACAGAUACAUUCCCGAAAAGCGGCCGUGUCACUGAAGUUUGCAAAGAAUGGCUGGUUCGGGAGGAUAGCGCAUUGGCUUAUCAACUUCAAAAUAAGGAAAUUUCAGAUCACUAUAAAGGCAACAAACAUCGAAAUCAGAUCGUCCGUCAAGACUUUCCCACCGCACUUUCGGAGCAAAUCCGGGAAAAGGAAGACGCGGAACGUCAAGCAGCAUUGUAUCAUCAGAUGAUAAAUGAGCAAGAAGAAAUGGAUGCCAAAGUUGCACGCGACAUCGCUGAUCAGUUGAAACGUGAGAAUGAACUUAAACGUAGGCUGGAAGUAGAAAAAAGUGAAAUGCUGGCUCGAAAGCUACAGGAACAGGUGGCAAUUGGCAAUAGCAGAAAACAUAACCGGGUGCCCGAACCGGAUCUCGCAUUUCCACUGCCACCUCGGAACCAUCCAAAACCAACACAGCAGCAAGUACCCACAAGACCACCCUCGAUCCACCACGCAUCACCGUUCAUCGCACAUUCACCUCCGGGACAAUCUCCUGCCAUGGAACAACCGGAUCUGCAUUAUGCCUCCCUGGAACUGAGUUCGCCGAAACGACCGCCUCCACAACCAGUAUUUCAAAACGGAAUCAAUUCUUCGUCAAAUAUCUAUCAGGAAAUACUGCACCAUCCAGCACCCAACUUUAACCGUUACGAUCAAGACGAAGAAGGUUAUACGAACAUCAAUCUGCAUUCUCACACUCCGGAAAAGAAACAGCCAACUUUCCCAAACACCCGAAACGGAUCUACAUCGGUCGACAUUGUAGACAGCAUUCGGCAAUACGACUUGCCCUAUGAAAAUGACUUUAGCUAUCAGCUACCACCUCCACCUUCGCUUAAUGACAUUACAGCUCACAGUCAAAGAUUCAACGGUCAACGACCAAACCACAGCUCGGAUGUUUACAACAAAUUCACCAAUAGUGUCGGAACGGAAGACGAUUUUCGAAAUAAUUCAAACUUCAACAAAAUUUCUCCGGAGAAAAUCGUCACACCCCCAAGUCUGGCAGGUGCAUACGGUGGAGCAACCAGCAAACCGCCACGCUCAGCAAUGGUAAACUACAACGCGUAUGACGACGAGGACAUAGAAGAAGCACUUGGUCAGCCUCUGCCAUCGAACCGAACACCGCAGCUCAAUCAAAUUGGUCUACCGUCGAAUCUGGAUCUUGGUGCCAGUUCCAGCUCGCGUUACUCGAACAGUGCCAGCGGUAUGGGUCACAGCGCACACUCACAUCAGCAUCACCAUCAUCAAAAUCCGCACAUGUAUCAAAACCAUCACCCACAUCACGCUCAGAUUCAGCAACAGCAGCAGCAGCUGCAGCAGCAAGCAUUGCAGCAGAGUCAGGCGUCUCCAAUGUCUUCCAAGAGUGGAAACUUUGAAAAGGUUGAUAGGAUACGAACCCUCAAAGAUUUAGGGCUGCCACCGGAUGAAAUCCACGAAAUUGAUAAAAGACUAGAACAAGAACUGAAAGAUGAGGAGCUCGCGCGCAAACUGCAGGAACAGGAAGCGGAUGGACUGGACCAGGAAGUGAUCGAUAGGCGUGUUGCCAUGGAAGCUCAAGACAAAGAGUUGGCCAAAAUGCUACAAGAGCGGGAACGAGCUAAAGCCAAACGCGCCCGGGAGAAGGCUCGUCUCAAGAAAGAAAUGCAACGACAGCAGCAACAACUUCAAGAUCCCGAAGCGAACGAGGCUGAAGCAGUGGGAGAAGGCAGUUCUUCGCUGCCCCAUGGCGAUCAACAACCAGCGUCCCUGGAAGCGAUUGCCAGUGAUCCGGACGGAGACUCUUAUUCCAAUCCGAUCGAUUUGCUGCAACAAUCGCCGACAUCGGGUGCUGUCGGUGAAAUUGUUGGUAGUAACAGCAAACGAUACUAUGGAUCACCAGCAAACUCUCCGGAACAUGGCUCGGGCCAGCAUAAGAUCCAGGGUAGUAUUUCAUCGCAUGGUUCUGGCUCCGGAAACAACUAUCAGAACGCACAAUCUUCGCCCAACGAAGACAGUUACUCAAAUCCGAUUGAUAUGAUAAGGCAUCAAAAAUCCGCACCAAAUCUGAAAUUGUCGGCCAAUGUGCAACGGUUGGUCGAGAAUGGUCGAAAGGAUGAUGAUAUCUACGUACUGCCAGUCUCUGAUAGGGAGGAUAACAGUAGUCCUCAGAGGCCUAGCUACUUGGAUGUAAGGGGAUCACGUUUGUCCAGAAGCCAGUAUGCGGAAGAUAAUAUCGCAGCCAGGAUUGAUCCUACAUAUAGCAUUUCGGGUACUAGCCCGAUAAACUCAACCUCCAUGACAGCUUCACCGCCAGAUAUUCUCGAAUUUUCCGAUCCCGGGUCAUCUAGUCCAGUGCCACCGUACAUGCCAAUACAAGGAACCAGACGGAACAAUUCAUCCGACAAUAAAAAACGAAAAUCAAAAGAACGUUGCGCUCAACAAUGAAACCGAAGCAGGACGAGAGAAACUUUUGUACUUGUUACUUAUAUUAUUAUUAGUUAUUAUUUUUAUCAACUCUAUCGACUAUUACUCGAUUGAUAAAAAAUGUCUAUGGGACAAUAACCCACAACAAAGAAACGAUAGCAAACAAAAAAAAAUCGUCAUCGCCGUUCAUAUUUAUUACGCGAUUGUUUGGAUUAUUAAGAGUAUAGGAUAUAUUGCUACCUGUUCUGAAAUCUCUCCGAAGACUUUUCGUCGGACGAAAAUUCAAGACAUGCUCUUUUGAAAGCAAUCUAUUUUUAUGUUGCAGGCAUACUUUUUGUGAAUGCGCUUUAUCAUCUUAUUUCGUGUAAACGUAUUUAAAGGAAACUUAUUUGUAAUAAAAUUGCAUUUUAUUCACA